AUGGAUCGUGUAGUAGAGGUGCCGGAGGCUCGUCACUUGCAAGAUCAUGUGGUUUCAUGGACACCUGAUGGAUCGAGGCUCAUCACAUUUCGUGUAAAUCUACGUUCCAUUCGAAUAUUUCGUUAUCUGGGCGUCGAAAGCGCUCGUUCAAGUUCUGCCGAAGAUAUCUGCGGGCGGUUAUUCGAAUUAGAAUCCGAGGUGACCAUGAUGAUGGGAACCUCUCGUUUGGAAAGUGCUUCUUUGCGGACAGAUUGCAUGCUUUUCACGGAUGAUGGAAAUUACAUGAUCGUUGCAACAACAGCCCCGGCCCCUGAUCAGUUGUUGACAAUACCUAUGGCCUAUCCGAAUACCGAAGCCUUACCAGUCACGAAUUAUAGUCUUGAAAUCUAUACGUUCUUCACGAUUGAUAUCAAGAAAGGCUCCGUAGCGCAUUUUGUAAUGUACAACUUUGAUCGAAUAAAUCUCACGCAUGGUGUGGCAUUGUGCGGUACAACCAUGAUGAUAAUGUCAUUGCAAAAGCAGGUGAUUAUUCACAUGCUCCAUGUGGACGAAUUCGGUGCGAUGAUACCCUUGAAAGAUAUCGGCGCAUCGAUAUGGGAUGAUGAUGGGCUCUAUCUUUUGUAA